AGCUAGAGUUUGAGAAGAAAAGCUGCAUGAUUGGUGAGGCAGUUCAGUCAGACAGAAGUAGGGGUGGAGUGAAUGUGGUUUUAGCUUCAGCUUCUGCUGCUUUUAAGAUUUUUGACAUAAAGUUGCCUGUCAACUGAAAGCUGUCUUUACCUGCAGCUGUUUCAGCACCUGCAGUGUUAUUUUUUUUACUUUCUUUUGAAUCAACAACGUCCCACAUCGAAGAUCAAGAUUAAAGACAUGGAUAUUGCAACAUCUGACUAUUAUAUAACCUGGACAGCAAAUGAUUCAGAUGAGCUCUGUAGACUGAGCCCUACACCUGCAGAGAUCCUCUCCCAAACCUACAUCCACUCCAUCAUAUGCGGCUUUGGCCUGAUUGGCAACCUUCUUGUGAUGAUCACCUACGGUUUCUACAAGAGGACCAAGACAAUGACAGAUGUCUAUUUGUUCAACGUGGCUGUGGCUGACCUGAUCUUUGUGGUGGCUUUGCCUCUUAUUGCACAUAAUGAGCAGAAUGGGUGGCCCAUGGGUUCUGUGGCUUGUAAGAUGCUACGCUCAGCCUACAGCAUCAACUUGUUCAGCGGCAUGCUGCUGCUCGCCUGCGUUAGCGGGGAUCGAUACAUUGCCAUUGUUCAGGCCAGGCGCUCCUUUGGUUCUCGCUCCCUCGCUGUCAGAUACAGCCGUCUGAUCUGCUUAGCAGUUUGGGUGUUUGCACUGGGUUUGACUCUCCCUACACUUAUCUACACACAGCUCUUUGAUGAAUAUGAUUUCAUGGAGCAGACUUCCACUCUGAUGUGUGAGCUCUCUUUUACAGACGAAAUGACUGCAAAACUAAUGAAGGUGAUGGUGCCAAGCCUGCAGAUGGCUGUUGGUUUCCUUUUGCCUCUGUUAGUGAUGCUUUUCUGUUACUCAUGCAUCAUGUGCACCUUGCUUAGAGCCCAAAGUAGCCAGAGGCACAAGGCCAUCCGGGUGGUUUGGGCAGUUGUUGUAGUCUUCAUCUUGUGCCAUCUUCCCUACAACGUGGCCCUCCUGAUCCACACGAUGUCUCUUUUUAAGGAGAGAAACUGUGAGGCAGAAAAGACCAAACUCACAGUUCUGGCCACUUCCAGGAGCAUAGCCUACCUCAAGUGCUGCCUCAAUCCCAUCCUCUACGCGUUUAUUGGAGUGAAGUUCAGGAGCCAUUUCUGGCAGAUAUUGUCUGAUCUUUGGUGCUAUGGAAAAAAGUCAGACGUCCUACGUGCUCGGUCGUCACGUAGGACAUUUGACAUUUGCAUUUCAGGAUUGAGGACCUCAGAGGGGUUGAACAACAUGUCAUCCUUCAGUGCCUGACAGUCAUGCAGUCCUCAAGUAACCUAACAUUUGUCCAGUCUGUUAUUGUAGUGUAGCUCCACAUGUGUCAAUGAAAACUUGAUUGAAACUUAUGCUACCCUAAAAAGAUAGCUGCUUUUGUAAGGCUACAUGAUUUUUAAACAGACAGCCAAGAUGUUAAUGUGAGCCCCAUGAGAGUUUUGCUCAGGCUGAAUGGAAACUAAGUGGUCCUGAGCUUACACUGAGGUUUUUGUGUGGGACCUCUGCUGAGUACAUACAAAACAUAUUAGCAGAAGCGGUUAUGCUCUAUUAUGUAGGUCUCAAUUGGGUAUCAAUUGGAUAUUAGGAAACUAAUUUCAUGUAGGAUCCUGAUGGGUCCCACUCCUCCACUACAGUUGUCUUAUAUCAAAUCCAUAUUGGCUUGGAGCCAUGAAGUAAUCCCUUCAUAAUCCCAUCUGGGGCCCAUUAUUCAUUCAAUCAUUCAUUCCUACCCAUAUUGACCCAAUGAAAAAUGUUGGAUGUGCACCUUCCAAAUAUUAAAAGCAAACCAAAAAAAGUUUCCAAAUAAGAAAAUAAUUUGUACUGUGCUGAACGUAACUCAGACAGAAUAAAACAUACAGAUGUUUGGUAAAAAAUUAUAUUAAUACCAGAACAUACCCACAAAUGUUGUCUCAUAUUAUCAGCCUCCCGAGCAGUAAAAGUAUGUCUUAAUCAGAGCACAGAAAGGCAAACAAGGCAGAUUAGAUUAUAGAUCCCAACCAACAUUCACAUCCACAUAGGUAGGAAAAUGGCUGUAAACUGGAUCCACAAUGGUAAUGUAAUGCCCCAUGUUACCUGCCUUUAAGGGCUGGAAGCAAGUUAAUUUUCAACUGAAAAGUGAGACCCAUAUGGUCCCUAGAAGGGUUCCACAAAUUGAACUCAUUUUCAUAAUAUUAAUUUGGGACCCAUCUAAGACCUACAAAGGGUGCCCAGCUGGUUUCAGAGAUAUGGGUUGUUUUUGGUUGCUCCCAUACAAGAAGCACAUUGUGACUCUGGGGCAACUUAGUACCCAUCCAGCCAUAGCAUAGCCCACAUGGAGCCCGAUUAGACAUGCUGGCUGGGUUUUGUUUGUAUAGCAGCAUAUAGCUGACCUAUGUUAUAUAGUCUUAGACAGUUUGUAAAAGGUAUUUAUUCAGACAGAUAUGCUUAAAGAAGUUUUGGGGUUUUGGUUUCCUACUGAAAUGCAAACAGUUUUUCAUCACAUCCUGUUGAUUAAAGCACAGUCAUAUUCUGUUUUAUUAAAUUUACUGCUUAUGAAUUGCACUGAAUCUUCUUUUCUUCCACUUCAAGUAAAUACCACUUUUACUGACCUAAUAACAGUUUUGAACUGUUUUAGCUGAAAGACAAAGACAAAACCUUCUGCUGAAAACCUGUAAAAAUGCACCACAGCUAGAUUUGCUUUUGUUCAACACUCUUUAGCAAAAUAUUAUUAAUCUAUUUUUAAUUGUUUUACAAAGGUAUAUUACAACAAGGCCUAGAGAUGUUAGUUUUGUUUAUCUUGGAAAAUAUUUUUUUGCUGUAAAUAUUCACUAAAAAUGUAAUAUCAUUACAUAAAUAUAUUUUUACCUUUUCUCCUAUUUUAAGAAUAGCCAUUUUUAAUUCUUAUGUUAAUUUUUGCAUUAUUAUCAUAUGAAGUGUUCUUCAUUUUUGUAUUUGUUACUGUGCUUGUACUUGAAUAUACAGUUUCAUAAGCAUACACCUAACUAUAUGGCUUGUAGUUGUUAAAAUAAACAUUUUUAAAAUAUCUUGAA